AUGGCCCGUCCGGCAGACGACGAUGACCUGCACAAGCUGAACCAGGAUGCGCGGGAAGCCGAAGCGCGGCUCGCAACGCAGAAGGAGCAUGAGAUGGGCGUCCUCGAGGCAGUCAAACUAUACCCAAAGGCCACCGCUUGGUCGCUACUUUUCUGCAUGGGCGUCAUCAUGAACGGGUUUGAUGCGCAGGUGAUAGGGAAUAUGUUUCCCGUGGCCAGGUUCCAGCGGGAUUUCGGGUAUCAGUUCGAGGGGAAGUGGAAUAUAUCCGCUGCCUGGCAGUCUGGCCUGAGCAUGGGCAGUCCCAUCGGACAGGUUGUGGGUGCACUGCUUGUCAGCUAUCCCAUGGAGUGGUUCGGUAGGAAGCCGACUUUUCUCGUCUGUGUGGUCAUGACGGCUGGCUUUAUCUUCAUCCAGUUCUUUGCCCGGUCACUCGAGGUCCUGAUUGUUGGCCAGUUACUCGGCGGCAUCGUCUUGGGUACAUAUACGGUCAUCGCGCCUACUUAUGCCUCCGAGGUCUGUCCUGUGGCUCUGCGCGGCAUCCUGACAUCCUACGUCAACCUAUGCUUUGUUAUCGGCCAGUUCCUUGCCAACGGCAUCUCUGCCGGUACACACAACCUGGAUUCGCACUGGGCUUAUAGCCUGCCAUUCGCUCUACAGUGGGUUUGGCCCGCUAUCAUAUUGUGUACGGUUCCCUUCGCCCCUGAGAGCCCCUGGUGGUUAGUGAGGAAAGAUAGGAUGGAGGAUGCAAAGAAGUCACUGCGUCGUCUUGCUUCGUCGGAAGUUGACGUCAAACCCGCUCUUGCUAUGAUCAUCGAAACGGACAGAUUGGAGCAGCACAUGGCUGCCGGUACUACCCUUCUAGACUGCUUCAAGAGCGUGAACGCCAGACGCACCGAGAUCGCCGUGGGAGUUUACGCCAUUCAAGUCCUCAGUGGGAUAUAUCUCGUUGGCUACUCAAACUACUUCUUUACCCUCGCCGGGCUUAGUACUGACGAUGCGUUCAACAUGGGGCUCGGAUUUCUCGGCGUUGGAUUCCUCGGUACUGUUCUCUCCUGGUUCGAGCUCGCAUACUUUGGCCGUCGUACCAUCUACCGCAACGGCCUAGCGAUGCUCGCCAUCCUCCAGUUCAUCAUCGGCAUACUCGACUGUGUUCCGAACUACGAAAAACGCCCUACCGUCAUCUGGGCCCAGGCGUCGAUGAUGGUGGUCUGGAACUUUGCUUACAGUCUGUCCGUUGGGCCCGUGUGUUUCGUUAUCCUGUGCGAGUGUUCCGCGACAAAGGUCCGGUCGAAGACCAUUGCGUUGGCUACUGCUGUGCAGGCCAUGCUAGGUAUUGUCAUGACCGUCGCUAUUCCGUACAUGAUCAACCCAGACGCAGCGAACUGGCGUGGAAAACUUGGCUUUUUCUUCGGGGGCCUUGCUACGAUAUGUUUCGUCUGGACGUUUUUUAGAGUCCCUGAGACAAAGGGUAGGACGUAUGAAGAGCUCGAUAUCAUGUUUGAGAGAGACGUGCCUACUCGGAAGUUCAAGGGUUACAGGAUUGAUUAA